AUGGGGCUGUUACCAAUUUUGCGUCUGACCCUUUUGCCAUUAAUCAUCUAUCACACCACCUUCACCUCGGGUGCUGUAGAUCCCACACAAGGCUUCACCCUUCUUCCGUUAGAUAACGCAAACUUUGUUGUCCAAAAGCCUUACAAUGUUCCACAAAACCAGCGUUACUGCUUUACAAAUGGAGUGCACAAGUUUUGGGUAUAUUCCACAGACAAGCCUCACACACCUAACAGCAACACACAGCCACGAACUGAGAUUCGUAUCUGUGGAUACGAUUAUACAUCUGGUGUAUGGCAAUUUGAAGGUUAUGGUUACGUGCCUAGUGGCACAACCGGGGUGUGCAUUAUGCAAGUGUUCGGUGGAAGUUCCUCUGCCACAACCUUGCAGCUUAGGAUCUAUGAUGGUUCGCUCACUUAUUAUAGGUCCUCUGUUCUGUCUGAGAACAUCUACAAUAGGUGGUUCAGGGUGAACGUGAUUCAUGAUGUGGGUGCCGCCAAUGUGAAGGUUUAUAUUGAUGGGGUUCUAAAGUAUGAUGGAGCUGACCGUGGAGCAGACACUCAUUACUUCAAGUUUGGGGUUUACACACAGAAUGAUCCUUCCAACUACAUGGAAUCUCGAUGGAAGGAUAUCAGAGUUUUUAAAAAGUAG